UAUAUUUUGAGAAGGGGACAUAUAUUACAUGAAGUGAAUCUUGAUAGGAAGUUGUUACUGUACUAGUCCCGUUAUUAAGCAUGCAUAUAAAAGAUGAUGACGACUAUUUGAACGUUUAUAUUCGUUUGAAUUCGAUGGUACAAGACAUGUGUCAUGUAAAUAGUAGAUUAUAAGGCAACAGGAUUAGAUUUUGCUGCCCAGUAUUCAGGGACUAUUCACUUUAUACGGAAAAAUCGAUUUGGAUCAACACAUUGCAGGAAAUGGAGACGGGUAUAGUCGAAUCGUUCAGAAAUGGGACGGUUUUCAUCACUGGAGGUACUGGGUUUUUGGGGAAAAUACUCACAGAAAAAUUAUUGAGGUCUUGUUCAGUGGGCAGUAUCGCUCUUUUAGUCAGAAAUAAGAAAGGGUUAAGCGCCAGUCAACGGGUUACGAAAAUAUAUAAGCAAGCUCUAUUUGACCGACUUCGUACUGAAAAACCAGAUUUUAUAGAGUCAAUCAAGGUCAUCGAUGGACAUUUAGAAGAUUCAUUGAUGGGUCUAUCAUCGUCAGACCGAGAGUGGUUGAAAGAUAAUGUUAAUUUUGUUUUUCAUUGCGCCGCUACGAUUAAAUUCAACGAACCUCUUGAUUUGGCGUCGAAAAUAAACGUCCAAGGCACUGAACACGUGUUGACAUUAGCAUCUCAAAUGAAGAAUCUCAAGGGUUUUGUGCACGUUUCAACAGCUUACUCGCACUGCCCUAGGAGUGAAAUCAAAGAAGAAUUCUAUAACGUUCCAGUCACGUCUAAAGAAUUGAAAAAUGGAUUUUUUGACGAGAAAUCGACUACUAAAAUUAUAGAGGAUUGGCCCAACACUUACACUUUCACAAAAGCAGUCACGGAAAAUAUGAUACAAACAAACGGAGAUCACUUGCCGAUAUCAAUAUUUCGUCCAUCGAUUAUCGGAUGCACGAAAUCUGAACCGGAACCUGGCUGGUUGGAUAAUAUGAACGGACCAACCGGUCUGGUUACCGGAGUCAUGGUUGGAUUUUUGAGGACGGUACCAAACAUCGGUAGCAAUAUAACAGAUAUUAUCCCUGCAGAUUACACCGUAAACGCAUUGAUUAGCGUCAUGUGGGAUACAGUUAACAGGCACAAACAGUCCAGUGGAAUGAACAAGGUGCCGAAAGUGUAUAAUUACGUUUCGUGUGUCGAAAGCCCUUUGACAUGGCAUAGAUACAUCAGAGAAAUGCACGAUCAAUAUUAUGUAGCUCCUCCUUUGCAAUCGAUAUGGUAUGCUUUUUAUAUUUUCUACACAAAUUUAAUGGUCGGAAGUAUACUGAGAUUUUUCUUACACCAAAUACCAGGCGCAUUUAUGGACUUGUUAUUGAUUUUAUUUGGUAAAUCUCCCAAAAUGUUGAGAUUGUAUGCGAAAACAGAAAAUAUGAUUGAUUUACUUUAUGAGUUUUCUACAAGACAAUGGACAUUUGACAAUGGCAAUACAAGAGAAUUGUGGUUGUCAUUAAGUCAAGAUGAUCGAGAAACGUUUCGGUUCAGCUUACAGGAAUUCGAUUGGAAACCUUACAUAAAAAGCUAUUACUGUGGGAUCAGGAAACAUAUACUUCAUGAAGACCUAAACAACGUAGAAAUGGCAUUGUCAAAAAAUCAAAUGUUGUUAUGGCUGCAUCAGAUUUUUAUGGUUCUAAUUGUUUAUAUCUUGCUGCAAUUGUUUUGGAUUUGUAUAACAUUUUUAUUUUGAAGAAACCGUUGUCAAUUUGGUAUUCUAUUCAACAAAAUAAAAACAGUUACCAAAACGAGUUAUUUUUAAUAGAUAAAGUUCUUAGCUGCUCAUCUUAUGAAAUGUAAAUAUUAUAAUAUAAAAAAAAUACUAUGCAUUUGCCUUAUCAAUUUUCUCAAGGUAGAUUGUUAAAUUAUUUUAAACAAAAUGUAAAAUUAAAAUAUGUAUACACAUAGUAUUGUUAAUCAAUAUUAUAAAAAAAAAAAUAUUUGUAUUUUUAGUUUUUUAUUUAUUUCACAUUGUGGGGAACAGCUGUCCUUUCAUGUUAUAUAGCUUAUAUAUUAUGAAUUAGAGAAACAUAUUGUAAAAAUAAAUACUAUAAAGAGUGAUGUGGUUGGAUGGUUGUAAUAUUCUCUCAUCAUCAUCAUAAGUAAGCUUAAUUAAAUAACGACCCAUUGACCAUUUGUCAUCUCUAAAUACCGAUACAAAGCAUAGUGUACACGUAUAUAAAGCGUACACGUAUAUGGAGGUCACCUUGUAUUCAUACGUUUAGGGUGUGGGCCUUAUCUAUGCCGUCAGAGAGAACAGGUGUCCGAAUAAGGGAUUCGAUGUCCACAACAAGGAUAGUCCUUGGAACUUGGAAGUGCGGAACACUUUAUUUAAGUCGCCUAUAACUGUCUGGCCAGCGUGAUCGUAUCUUCCGGACGCCCGGUCUUCAAUGCGAGCACAGUGGUCAUCUUCUCAACAACCCGUCUCUAAGUAUAGAGUCAUGCGUGUCGCGUAUGACGUUUGGUUUCUAUCCUUUUACAAGCCAUAAUCAGUACGUGUUUUGUGUCACCUGUAAUCCUACUACAGCAUAUUAGUACAUAUCUAUUAAAAUAAACAGUUACGAGUCAAGUAAGACACAUGAUAUACAUUUUACUUAAAAUUGUACGGUGAUUCGAUAAAUUCUCGAAUGCAUGGCUUCGAGGACCCUCUGGACAGCGUAACUUCAAUGUUUGCAUCUGAUAACAUUUUCCAGUACUUUUAGAUAAUCACCAUAGGCUGGGUGCAAAAUUCUUUUCAUGAAAAAUACAUAAAUAAUGCUAUAAUUAGUUUUUUCUAUUUUCUCUGUUUUCUCUGUUUAUUACACAAUUUUACACGUCAUAUCUGCAAGUUUUCACAUACAAUAUAGUUUGAUAAAUUAAUAACUACUUUCUCUACUCCAUGAAUAAAUGUUGAAUUAUAUGGAUGUAUUUAAAAACGUGUGAUGAAUGUAUGAUUAUAACAUAAUAACCUUAACAAAUGACUUAGAGCAAAUUAAUAAUCAUGUUAAAAUGUGGAUUUAAUUUAAGAUUACAUAGAUAACACUGUAAUUUUUAUUAAUUGGUUUAAGCAUGUUAUCUAAUUUUUAGAACACUCCGUAUCCCUGUUGUUUCCGUCCACUCGUUAGUUUCUAGUACAUACUCGUAUAAUUACGAUUGUUGAUAUACUAUAUAGUUGAUUUGUAUUUAUAUAUUGUCCGCCGAUACAUCAAACAUAUCGUGUAAAUGUAUAUUAUGAAAUUAUAGUUGAUACUUGAUUGAGUUGCAUAAAAAUUAAAAAUAUGUUUAGAAACCUGGAAUUUAACUUUUCUUAAUUUGUUAUACCUAGUUUUGUAUUUAACAUUUUCACCCGAAUACUUAUGACGAAGGCCAUUUCUACGAAUAAACCAACUUAUGAACCAAAAAGAUAUUUUUUAUAUCUAAACAAAUAGGUGUUCUGCAGAAAGUUGCAUCUGAAAUUUUUUUCUGGAAUUCUAGGUUAGGUUAUUGUUAUUUUUAUUUUAUAGUUAUUAUAUUUAACUAGUAGUCCUGGCCUUUAAUAGCUGAUGUCCAUAACCACACUGAACUUUCAUUACUUAUCCAUUAAAAUAUGAAGAUUAGUAUAAAUAUCGAAUUUCGUUCAUAUGACCAGAAAAUGCAAAAUAUAUCUUUUGUAUUUGAGUAUCUUGACCACGAUUUGGCAAACAAAAUCAAAAUAGUUGAUUUUGAAGUCAAAUAUUUUCUUAGUACGUAUUUUUCGUAAUCAAACAGGUAGGUAGUAAUUAUUUAAUAGUUAUUAACUUCUUUUACUUAUUACAAUUUGUCACAAUAUAUUACUGACGAGUAGCUUGUUAUCAAAUUACGCCUUGAAUGUGAAGAUUCUGCAGCUACACUCGCAAGUCACAAUGCAUUGUGCGGAGUUCAAUAACAAAUUUUUGUACAAUAAACUAUUAGAUAGUUUACUGUUAAGUACUAGAUCCAUUGUUCAAGGUUGAAUAUUUCAUAGUAUUGAAAACCAGCUGAUACGCCUGGAUAGUUCGAUGCUGUGUCAGUGAAAAUUGUGAUGAAAGUCCGAAGGUCGUUUGACUAGAUUAGGUCAACGAUAGGUAUGUUGUACAUGCUGUCAGGUGUUACC